AGUCGAAUUUUGUUAUUUCACGUUUAAAGUUCGUACGUACGCUACGACCGGACUGUACGACCGGAGUGUUUCCACAGCCACAAAGAAAAAUAAGCGUGUGUGUCCCGCGUGUCAAUCGAAUACCCCAAAAGCAAAAAAAAGUAAGGUGCCGAAAAUAUAAAAAUAAAAAAAAUAUUUGUAAAAUCAUUUAUUGUGUGAUGUUUGUUCUCUAACAUGGUGCUUUAUCAUAAUCUAGACUGAGUCUUAACCCAAUACGUAUAUACACGACGAAACACAUUCGAGAGAAAUUUAUUCCUUUGUUUGUUCCGGGGAAAUCUACCAUACCAUCCUCUAUGAGAAAUCGGUUCCAGAACACCAACUGUCAGAGGCGCAAAACCCAAUCCAAACAUACACGUACGUGCCUCAUCAUAAAACGCGCCCUCGCCGAGUGGCUACCAAGCAAAACCACAAACCAAAAACGGCCAAGCCAAAGAAAUAAUGAAAACCCAUAAAUAAAAAUGAAAACCCAGCAAAUAAAGGAAACAAAAUAUAUACGAAAGUAAUUCCAUUAGCUAGAAGUGUAUAUCUUUUUAAAUAAUUUAUUAUAUUUCGUGUAGCAUUUUUGCAAUAUAUUUGGCGCGUAAUAUACACAUACAAAAAGUGAGCAAAAAAUUAAAAUAAAUAAUAAAUAAAAAAACGAGCUAAGGCAAUUAUAAUACUUAAUGAAUUUAUUACGCAAUGAAAGCAGAGCAGAGCGCAAAUAAAAAUCAGCAACAAAUUAAUAUGCCACUGGCGUGAAAGUCACAAUUCGAUGCAUGAAAAAAAAGUUCACCUCCCCUGCGGUGAUUUAUUAAUGAAAUCAUCAAAUUGCAAACAAAGGCCAGCACUGCAAAUAACAAUUGCAGAUUAUAAUAAUCCAACAAAAAAUACAACAUAUUAUUAAAUACAAUUACAAGAAGAGCUGCGGUACGACAAACGGCUUAAUCAGCGAGAAGCCAGCGGAGCAUCAUCGCAGUUUAGGCAGCAAGCAGCGUUUGGAAAAUUAUUACAAACGAGGCGCAGGCGCCGCUUUGAACACGAGUUCGCAACAGCAAGCAGCACACGCCACACAUAAAUUGGCAUUUACCGUUAAGCGUGCUGCCGCCUGCUUCCCUGCCACCACUCUGCGGUCUGGCUGGAACACACACCAAACGCACCGCAGCGCAGUGCAUCAUAGUGUGCACCACACAACUCAACACCUCCAACACCGCCGAAUCACCAAAGAAAAGCCGUCAAAGUGGAUUUAACAAAUUAUAAUAAAAUGCUGCAAUCCAGCAAUCAUCAUUAUUUAAGGCCGGAUUAUAUGACAGCUGCAACAGCCCCAACAGCGCUGGACAACAAAAGCAGUCCAUUGGCGCUAUUGGCGCAAACAUGCAGCGCCAUUGGAGCGGACACCACAAACCCCAAGCUGCUGGCGGCCAAUAUUGAAAAGGCCACAAAGCAACAGCAGCCAAAGGGAGGAGGAGGAGGAGGCAAUGGUCUGGCGGAUAACAACGCACGCGAUAAAUCCUCGCCGGUUAGCAGUCAUUCAUCCAGCGUCAGCACCGGUUCUGUGGAGCAGCAACAGCUGCCGCCGGCUCACAGCAGUAAGACCCCAAGCACCUUUAAGCCCUACGAGCCCAACAAUAACCACACCACCAUCAUCUCCAAUGCCUCGACCAUUGCCACCGAUUUCGGCGCCACAAAUCUCACCAGCAGCAGCAACGGCAAUGGGCAGCAGCAGCAGGGGGUGAAGACGCCCAAAACGACGGCAAACGGCCAGAGAUGCGAUUCGAACCAAAGUGCCAGCUCUCACAGAGAAUCGCCCACAGCUGGCGGGGCACGAGACUCCCUAAGACGUACCCCCAACUCAUCUUUAGGGGGCGGAGGUGGUGGUGGAGGUGCUGCCCCUGGCCAACUGAACGGCAGUCCCGGACUACCCUCUUCGUCUGCCCCCUCUGGACGCUGCAAUUCCAAAGAGUCGGCAGCAACAAUGCACAGCCCCAGUGCAGCAGCCCAUGCGCAUGCAGCAGCGGCCCAAGCGCAGGCCCAGGCCAGCUCCAAUCGCCUCCAGGAGGCGGCUAUGGCCGCUGCCAAGGAAGCCAACUAUGUGAAGGCUCUCCAUGCAGCCAGCCAGCAAGGACAGGCCUCGGCAGCAGCAGCAGCAGCUGCAUCCUAUUAUCCUCCAGGCUAUGGCAGUCCAUAUCCCAUGGACCUGAUGACAGCCAGCUCCCUGAUGUCACCCCAUCAUGCCAUGUUCAAGGCGUCGGCAAUGAACCCAUAUCUGAACUAUGCCCGUCUAAAGGGACUAUCGGAGCAGUCGAUGAUGGCGGCCACACCGAAUGUGUGCCGGGAUCCCUACUGCACCGGAUGCCCGUCCAGUCCGCAUUAUAUCAACAAGGCAGCCGGUCAGCCCUGCCCAGCCGGCUGUCCACAGUGUGAGGUUUCGGGCGGUGGAUCGGGCAGCGGUAAAUCGGGUGGACAACAGGGAUCGAGUGGUUCCUCGACUGCGGCAGCAGCGGCAGCUGCGGCGGCCGCCCAGUCAUAUCAUGCCCAAUUGGCUGCUCUGGCCGCCGCAUCACAGAUGCCCUACGUAUGCUCUUGGAUUGGCAGCGAUGCGGCCUACUGUGGCAAACGGUUCGGCACCUCCGACGAUCUGUUCCAGCAUCUGCGCACGCACACAGCCUCGGUGCCCGAUGCGGUGCUGAGUGCCGCGGCUGCCGGUGGCAUACCGCCCAAUCAUCCGUUGUUCCAGCGCACAUAUCCGACGCCACCGCUGAGUCCACUCUCGGCGGCACGCUAUCAUCCGUACGGAAAGCCCUCGAUGCUGCCCCCAUCGCUGGCACCACCCGGCAUGCCCGGUCUGCCCCCACAUCCAGCAUUAGCCCAGUACUUUGCCCCAUAUUCGUUAUACGGACCGCGAAUGGGUUCGUCGCAUCCGUAGUUGUUAGAGCGCGAGGGUGGGUCUAGAUCGGGGUCUGGGGAUGGUCCGAGAUCGGCAUUCAGUCAAGUAAAUAAUCAUUUCUCUUGAGUCGCAUAUGAAUAUAUGUACAUAUAUACAUAUAUCCCUAAAUCUAUGUUUUUUGUAUAUGGAUGUGUGUGCAUGCAUGACUCACUCAGUGAUCUAGUGUACCAUAGUUACAUACAAAUGUGUUUACAAGCUUAGGAUUCUAAGGAGUCUACCAUAUAAUUGAUAUCUGAAACAACAAAAAAUCAAUCAACAAAAUUCUGAUGGCAAAUGCAGCAAUAUCGCUCGUCCUUGUGUGUCUGUCGCGUCUCUUUGUGGAUGUAAUUAUAUGCCUAUGUGUAAUUAUAAUAUUAUUUAUUACAUUCAAAAAACAAAA